GCUGAGGACAUACCGAAAGCUUCUCAUCACCUAGAUCCCACUCGCUGCUGGACAAGUGUUAAAAUGAGUCAGCCGGGUAUAUAUGCCAAAUCAGGCCCCUGCUCACCCAGAGAGUAAAUAUACAGCUGCUCUAUUGUUCGGUGUGCAGGUCAUCAAUUCAGACUUGUUUGUCAGGGUGGAGCUACGGGCUUUGCAGUUUCAACAACCCUCUCAUCCACUCUGAGCUUGUUUUCUGGGAUAUGGGCGAACAAAAUAAAAUGCUAUCCCGUCCCAUUUUCCGCCGGGAUGUCAGCUGGGAACCGUUCCCAAACUGGACGCAGCCGAACCGCGUCUUCGCGCAGGAUUUUGGCCUCCCUCCUUUCCUGGAGCCCGGCGAUGUGGACUGGAUAGACUGGGCAAAGAGGAGGCUGGCCUCGUUCUCCUGGCCCGGCAACACACAGACUCCACUCCUGCCUCCGCUCGGUGGUCAAGCGAAGGGCCCGAGACCACUGACGAGUGGGGUGUCGGAGGUCCGCACGGGGCAGGACAGCUGGAAGAUUGACCUGGACGUCAACCACUUCUCCCCUGAAGAGAUCACAAUCACAACCAAGGAGGGCUACCUGCAGAUAUCAGGAAAUCAUGAAGAAAAGCAAGAUCAGCAUGGAUCGGUUACAAGAUGCUUCAACAGGAAAUACAAGCUGCCGCAGGGGGUGGACCUGCAGCACAUCAGCUCGUCCCUGUCUGGUGAUGGAGUCCUGUCAGUGGAGGCUCCCGUUCCCGGGACGUCCGUCAGCGAGCCGCCCAGUGAGCUCGUCAUACCUGUUCAGAUCCGACAGAGGCAGGACGGAGACAAGUGAAACCAGCCAGCAGAACGAGAUGUAGCCCAAGUCGUGCGUAGCGACACUAGUAGCACUGAAGAAGAAGUUUGUUACAGCUUAGUAAAUGUGAUUUAUAUGAGGUACUAUCUGCUACUAUAAUGCACCAUCACCACUACAGUAACAAAUUAAUGCAAACUCAUCCAUGUAAAAAAAGGAACUGAUUUUGAGUCUUAGCAUGACGGCAUUUUCUAAUUGAACAUAUGUAUUAGUGAUUUAUGCAUUUCCAGUGUUGCCAUGUCCUCUACAGGGCAGAAUAGCUGAAUAUAGAAAUGACUUGGUUUGAGUUUUAAUUUGCUUUUAAGGCAGAGAAUCACUGGAAAAGCUGCAAUCUUCAAUUCUGAUUUUAAUAUUGUUUUCAAAUGUAUUAAACAGCUCCUUCCAUAAGAAUAAUAAAGAAUGUAUUUUUCCCUUUCAUUGCUGAUGCAUCUAUUAGCAGAUUAAAAGAAUAGAAGGAACCA